CCUCAGGCGGGGGACCAGCGCUGGGUGAGGACGGCCGGCAGCGCCCUGCACCUGCUGCACUCCCUCUACGGCCCCUUCUCCCGGCUCUACGGGAUCGGCCGCUGCUCCAAGGUGAGACCGGGGCGCCGUCCGCCCGCCGUCCGGCCGGGCGCCGUGUUGCCGUGGCGCCCGCUGACCUGUGUCCCCCCACAGAUGGCCUACGAGGCCUGGAGGGAGCUGGUGGAGGAGGGGGAGAAACACGCCCGCCAGGCCGAAAUCGGGAAUGUUUUUAUCAUCGACCGCGACGUGGACUUCGUCACCCCCCUGUGCUCACAGGUGGUCUACGAGGGCCUGGUGGACGACAUCUUCCGGAUCAAAUGCGGAUGUGUGGAGUUCGGACCCGAGGUCACCUCCUCCGACAAGAGCCUCAAAGUGAUGCUGAACUCCCAGGAUAAGGUCUUCGGCGAGAUCCGGAACGAGCAUUUCUCCAACGUCUUUGGGUUCCUCAGCCAGAAAGCCCGAAACCUCCAGACGGCGUACGAUAAGCGGAGGGGGAUGGACAUACAGCAGAUGAAGGCGUUCGUGUCGGAGGAGCUGAAGGGCCUGAAGCAGGAGCACCGGCUGCUCAGCCUCCACAUCGGCGCCAGCGAGUCCAUGAUGAAGAAGAAGACCAAGCAGGACUUCCAGGAGCUGCUGAAGACGGAGCACUCUUUACUUGAAGGAUUCGAAAUCCGCGAGUGCAUUUCUUUCAUAGAGGAGCACAUCAACAGACAGGUCUCCAUGAUAGAAAGCCUGAGGCUGCUUUGUCUCCUGUCCAUUACUGAAAACGGACUUUUGCCAAAAGAUUACCGGUCCUUAAAAGCACAGUUUCUGCAGAGCUAUGGGAUGGACCACCUCCUCACGUUUGCCAACCUGAAGCAGCUGGGGCUGCUGGUGGAGCAGCAGCCCGGGGACACCCUCACGGCCAUGGAGAGCAAAGUGGGCAAACUGGUGAACGACAGAGCUGCAGGAAAACUGACUGAUGCUUUUUCCUCUCUGGCAAAGAAGAGCAACUUCAGAGCUCUGAGCCGAAAGCUUAAUCUGGUGCCAAAGUCUGAUGAGGAGUACGACCUGCGCGUCCCCAGGGACAUGGCCUACAUCUUCAGUGGUGCUUACAUCCCUCUGAGCUGCAAACUCAUAGAGCAGGCGAGUCCAUCGGCUCCUCUCUGCCUCCGGAGGCAGCCACCAAACUCCAGCUUAACGCUGGCUUUUUUUUGUAGGUUUGAACGAGAGAAGAUUCUAUCGGCCCCUCAGAGAAAUGAGGAAAUCAAUUUAUCACUGAGGGCAGAUGUGUCCACAUCAGGCAGCAGCGGAGCGGAGACGAGGAACGACUCCCAGAGGAUCAUUCUGGUCAUGUUCCUGGGCGGGUGCACCUUCUCUGAGAUUUCAGCCCUUCGCUUCCUCGGCAGAGAAAAAGGUUAUAAGUUUAUUGUGGUAACGACGGCCAUCACUAACAGCUCCAGACUUCUGGAGGCUCUGCUGGGGAACCAGCUGUGA